AAAAAAAAAAAAAAAAAUACCACACAUCCUGUUAUAUACCAUACCCUGGCAUUUCUCACCACCUAGUCUCUCACCAGUAAAUUCACCCACCGGCCACAAUGUACACCUACCCAAUCUACGCACACCCAAAUGAUCUUGAACGUGCAGCUUCUUACAUCCCCCUGCCAGAACAAACUGAAUCCACCGGUUCUCCUGCCGAUAAACGGCGGCCAUGUAAGGGUAUCGUCGGUAUCUUCCUCUCCGUACUCUUUCUCUUCUCUUUGAUAGUUCUGAUAGUCAACCAAAGACCAGAACCUCAAGAAGAAGUCAAUGUCCAUCAACAAAAGCCUUUGCCUUCUACGCCGGUUUCACCGGUAACAUUGAAACCACCGUCAAGAGGGGUGUCACAGGGCGUAUCGGAGAAGACUUUCCGGGAGGUAUCUGGUGAACCUGUCUACCCUUGGACCAAUGCUAUGCUGUCUUGGCAAAGAACGUCUUACCAUUUUCAACCUGAGAAGAAUUGGAUGAAUGAUCCUAACGGUCCAUUGUUUCAUAUGGGGUGGUACCACCUGUUCUACCAAUAUAACCCUGACUCUGCUGUUUGGGGCAACAUCACGUGGUCCCAUGCUGUAUCAAGGGACCUGAUUCACUGGCUCUACCUUCCCUUCGCUAUGGUUCCUGAUAGCUGGUUUGAUUUGAAUGGUGUGUGGACUGGGUCCGCCACGAUCCUUCCUGACGGCCAGAUCAUCAUGCUAUACACUGGGGACACCAGUGAUGAGGUGCAGGUACAAAAUCUUGCGUACCCCGCCAACGUGUCUGAUCCUCUUCUCCUUGAUUGGGUCAAGUAUCCGGGUAACCCGGUUAUAUUACCUCCACCCGGCAUAGCUCCUGACGACUUUCGGGACCCGACCACCGCAUGGCUCGGCCCGGAUGGUAAAUGGCGGACCUCUAUUGGGUCAAAAGUGGGAAAGACAGGAAUUUCGCUGGUUUACACAACAACAAACUUCACAAGCUAUGAGCUGGAGGAUGGAGUUCUGCACGCAGUUCCGGGUACGGGUAUGUGGGAGUGUGUGGACUUUUACCCGGUUUCAACUACGGAGCCAAACGGGUUAGACACAUCGACAAACGGACCGGGUAUUAAGCAUGUGCUCAAAGCAAGUUUAGAUGACAAUAAGCAUGAUUAUUAUGCACUUGGGACCUAUGACCCUAUAAAGGACAUAUGGACACCUGACAACCCGGAGUUGGACGUGGGUAUCGGGUUGCGGGUCGAUUAUGGAAAAUACUAUGCAUCAAAGACAUUUUAUGAUCAGUAUAAGAAGAGGAGGAUCUUGUGGGGUUGGACUGGAGAAACUGAUAGUGAAGAUACUGAUAUCAUGAAGGGCUGGGCAUCGGUUCAGACAAUUCCAAGGACCGUGGUGUUUGACAAGAAGACAGGAACCAAUAUACUUCAAUGGCCUGUUGAGGAAGUGGAGAGUUUGAGGUUGGGCAGUAAUGAAUUCAACGAGGUGGAGCUUGCACCAGGAUCAGUUGUGCCACUUGACGUGGGCUCAGCUACACAGUUAGACAUAGCUGCAGCGUUUGAAAUAGAUAAAGAAGCUUUGGAGGCGACUGUUGAGGCUGAUGUGGGUUUCAAUUGCACUACUAGUGGUGGCACUCGCAAUAGAGGCAUUUUAGGACCAUUUGGCCUUCUAGUUCUUGCUGAUGAAACUCAAUCUGAGCUAACACCUGUUUAUUUCUACAUUGCCAAAGGCACUGAUGGGAGUGCUGAGACUCACUUCUGUGCUGAUGAAUCAAGGUCAUCAAAGGCUGCUGAUGUUGGCAAACAAGUUUAUGGAAGCAAAGUUCUUGUGCUAGAUGGUGAAAAAUUCUCUAUGAGAUUAUUGUUGGAUCACUCCAUAGUGGAAAGCUUUGCUCAAGGAGGGAGGACAGUCAUCACAUCACGAGUUUAUCCGACAAAGGCAAUAGACGGAGCAGCUCGAGUAUUCAUGUUUAACAAUGCCACAGGAUUGAAUGUCAAGGCAUCAGCAAAGAUUUGGCAAAUGGAUUCAGCAGAUAUUCACCCUUUCCCCCUGUAACAGUUGCACCUAACCAGCCUAUUGUAUUAAGUUCCAUCAUUUUUCGUUUGGUUGCCCAGAAAAUGGAAGAAAGAGAAGAGAAAAUAUAGAAUCUUCCAGCAACCAAACGUGAUAUUGUUUAUUUCAAUUUUUCCGUUGGAUCGCAUCUCUAGAUUUAGGCAUGUUCAUCAGCAAUGUCUGUUAUAUUGCAUCUGGAAAAUGAGUAGGUAUUUGAAAUUUCCAGCUGCCCUUGAUGCAAUGAACUGUUGGUCUUGCGGAUGUUUCAUCAGAUUGUCCCACAUCACUUCACCAAAACCAGAAACCAAGUUACCCAGUUUGGUACAGUACCAAAAUUUAUAAUAAAACCAUUUACAUUAAACCGUGGGUUAUCCUUAUUUUA